ACCCUUUCGUGCCCCGGAACCUUCUUGCCGCCCCUCCCGUUUCCUGCCGGAGCAGCGCGCCGCCGGUCGCUAUGGCAGCAGGACCGUGGGGCUGGGGGCCGGCGGUGUUGCUGGCGCUGCUGCUCGCGCUGCUGCUCGGUGGCGCGCGCCGCCUGCGGCGCCGUUACGCGGCCGGCGGGGCUGGCCCCUCCCUGAGGGGAAGGGCGGCGGCGGCGGCGCGGGCGGAUGGCGUCCGCGCACUGCUGGUGACGGCGCACCCCGAUGACGAAGCGAUGUUCUUCGCCCCCACGGUGCUCGGCUUGGGCAGGGCCGGCGCUCGCGCCGCGGUGCUGUGCUGCUCCGCAGGAAAUUAUUACAGUCAAGGAGAAAUUCGUAAGAAAGAACUGGAACAGAGUUGUUUUCUUCUGGGAGUUCCUGCUUCCGAUGUAACAGUCGUUGAUCACAGGGAUCUUCCAGAUAAUCCUGCUGUUGAAUGGGACACACAGCUCCUUGCUGCCUUCGUGCUAAAGCAUAUAGAAGCCAAUAACAUCAACCUGGUGGUAACCUUUGAUGCAGGAGGAGUGAGUGGUCAUGCUAACCACAUUUCUCUUUACACUGCUUUAAGAAAGAUCUCCUCCAGAGCUGCCCCUGCCUUUCCCAGGCAUGAGAAGAACUCUUUGCAAGUAUAUCUUGUAUUUUUAGCACCCAUUUGUUUUCUGAAUCAUCUGUGCAAUUCAAAUAACUGUCUGGCUCUCUUUGCUAACAACAUCACAGUGAUUUGCCUUUCUCACUUGCCUAGAGAAAGCUGCAGUGCCACAGAACCCAUACUGUGACCUCCUGAGCUCCUCUGGGAAGAUGCUGAAAGUCUUUGAUGCUAUCUGAUGGCUGGAAUUCAGUGUUAGAGGGGAUCAUGGCUUUUCCCAGCAACUUCUGAAAUAGCCAAAGAGAAGGAAAGGAGGUGGAGUUAAGCAAACAGUGUGUUUGUUUAGGCUAUUUGGAGAGAUGCUUUCCAGCACAGUGUUAUUUGAGGAGUGAGUGAGGAACAGAGGUUGAUGACCGAUGCUCACACCAUUGGCACAGAGGGACUAGAGAGCUUCCAGCUGCCUGGACCUCUGUUUGCUCAGUCAGUUGCUGUAUGGCCUGCAAAUAGGAAUGGAGGGCAGAUUGUUAGGUGUCCCCCUACAUCCUGAAGAGAUACAGGUUAAACAAGCUAGCAGCUGAAUUAUGUAUGAGAAAGUUAAGGAAAACUCUCAAUUUUGAUCCCAGCUCUACUGUUGUCUCACUUUGUGGCUGUGCAGAAAUCACUUUCCCACUUCGUGCUUUAGGUUUCCUGUGUGUGCAGUGGGGAUGUUAACCCUCUUCUCGUCUCAGAGUAUGUUACUAGGAAGUAUUCAUUAUCUGCAAGUCCCUUGAACUCAGACCUUUGCAUUAGUCCUUAGCCUACAGCAGAACAUUGUCCUGGGCUGAUGAGAUACAUGCUGAUAGGGACACCAGAGUAUAAGCAGAUCUCAUAACUGAGGGCUGGUUUGUGUCUUGUCUCUCUCCCAGUCCUGAAUCAGCAGAAAUAAGCAUGGUGGCCCAGUCAUGUUCAUGUGGCAAGAAUGGUGCUGUGGCCACUGAAAGGUUAAGUUUAUCUUUUAGUGGCUUGCUUGCCCUCAUUAUUUUUCAGUUUGUGUCAUGGGGGAAGUAGAGCGUGACUGUAUCACUCCUGAUUUUCAGUGCCCUGAUGAGUUCUCACAUAUUGGCUAGUACAGGCAGCACUGGGAGCAUAUGCUGAGGCUUCUCACAUACCUCCCUGCCAGCAGGGCUUUGCAAAGCAGCGGUUGCUGCCCCUGGGGCCCCAGUGCUAUAUGGCAAGAAAAAGGUAAAUGAACUCUCCCCUCCAGGUAUCAUGUGCAAUGUAUUUAUUAACCAUCUUUAAACAAGGUCUGCAGGGUUCUGCCUCCACUGUGGCUGUAAGCAGAAAGGGUGAAGGAGAGGGCUGGUGCAGUGAUCCUCAGCUCUUUUGGAUGCUCCUGGUCUGUGGGAGAUAGACUUGUGCCCACUACCUAAGAGAUUACUUUCUGCAAGAGCAGGGGUAGAACAGGCUGUGUGACCCAUCCCACAACUUGCUUCAGGAGGUGCAAAUUAUUGAACAGCUUCAAGGAACAAAACAGUUCAGGAAAUGGUCAUAGCUGAGCAGAUGCUCAGUAUUAUCUGCUAAGGGCAUAAAUAUUCUUUCUAGUGUCUGGAACAGAGGUUAUGUUCAAACGAGCAGGAACUAUUCAGAAGAAAUGUGCCCUUCCCCUUGCAGCAACCUUCUUCCUGACAGCUUGCAGAGAGUUCAGCUGCUGCUAUGUGUCUAGGCUUCAGAUCUGGGAGGAACUGUGAAAUGCCAAGGUUUGAGGGUGGAUUUGUUCUUCUGCAAGGGAAAAAUAAGAAAAAACAGGAUGGGAGAGGAGCACAAAUUACUAUUUGAUUUCAGUCUCCCCUGGGAGUAUUUCAGUUCUGGCUUCCAGACGGAAAAAAAAAACCCAGCCCAAAACCAAGAAAAUCCCACUGUAGCAAAGAAGGGAGAAUUGGAAGCAAUCCUCUGUAGCUCUGCUUCUUUCCCUGUCACCUUGAUUU